AUGGUGUAUGCAAUCAUCUUCGUGGUGCUGUGUGGCCUGACCUUCCUCACCGGGGUGCCAUUGAAUGGCUAUGUCCUCUUCGUUGCUGGCUGCCGUGUGGAGAGGACGGUCAGUGCCGUGUGGUUCUGGAACCGGGCCCUGGCCGAUUUCAUCUUCAUCAUCUUCCUGCCAAUCAGAUUCAUCUUCAUCUCCAUACCGAACUUUGUCUUGGUCAAGAGGAUGAUCAGCACCGUCACCUCCCUCCACAUGUUCUCUAGUGCCUUCCUCCUCACGGCCUUCAGUGUUGAUCGCUGCAUCCUUGUGGCACGCCCUGAGUGGGCCUGGAAUUGCCGCAUGCUCCCCCUGGCUUUCAGGGUGGUUAUAGGCUUGUGGGCCCUGUCUCUUGGGUUCAGCUUGAGGUACGGUGAUGUCUCGGACUACCUGCUCUCACCUCCCAGCAUCAGCACGUAUUCCAACCUGGAUGAAGGGAGGGUGAAGGCCACCAUUGCAAUGCAGUUCCUGGUCGGGUUUCUGAUCCCAUUCGCCUUGAUCUUGAUCCCAACAUUCUACAUCGUUCUAGCUGGCAAACUGAGAAGGAACAGGCCGAUCCAGUCCACCAAGCCACUCAAGAUCCUUCUUGGCUUGAUCCCAACCUUUUUCCUCUGCUGGCUGCUGUAUCACGUCUUCUCAUUCCUGCCAAUCUCAAAUAUGGAUCCUCGGUCUCAUCUGCAUCUCGGAAGAGCUUUUGCUUGUGUCCUGACAUAUUUCAGCAGCUGCCUCAACCCCAUCUUCUACCUCACCAUGGAUAAAGAGUUUCUGAAGUACCAGCAACGUGCACGCAACCCCCAAACCACCGACAACUUGGUGCCGGAGCUGGAUGAAUAG